AUGAAGGUAGCAGAGGAGGUGGAGCGAGCCGAGGCGGUCAGGCAGGGGCGAGAGGGGCUCUCAUCCCGCCAGCCGCGGCGGAGGGGCUGGCUGGGGUGCCGGCGGGGAGGGACACGACACGACGGGACGACACACCGGGUCCUGGGGCUGCUGGCUCCGCAGAGCUCCCGGCGCCGGGGUCGGGAUCUGCAGGACUUACCAAUCUCCCUCGGGGAGGGAGGGGGGCGGGAGAGGGGGAGGGGUCCGCCGGCGCGGCGGGGCGCGGGGAGCCGCGGAGCAGGGGGCGGGCAGCGCCAGCUCCGCCGGCGGGAGCGACACGGCCGGGGUGCGGGGGGCACGGCACGGCCGAGGGCAGCCCGCGGGGCCGGGGCACACGGCACAGCCGGAGGGGGCACGGCACGACCCGGAGGGCCGGUGCGGAGGGAGGCAGCCCGCGGGCCGGCUGCGGGGUGGCGAGGCACCCGCUCCUCCUCCUCCUUCUCUUCCUCCUCCUCCACCCGCAAUCCAGCGAGCCACAGCGGCGGUAUCGACCGGACAGGUUCCCCCGAGCCGGCUCUCCCUCUCUCCGUGCCGGCUCCUGCGUGCUCGCCCGGCCCUGGCGGCCCCAUCCUCCCCGUCCCGGCCGGGGCCCGCUCUCCGUUCCCGGCAGGGAGAGGCGGCGGCGGGGGCCAUUGCGUGGGGAACCGGCUUCGCGGAGCGACGCGGGCCGGCGGACACCGCGACCAUAAACAUUUGCGGGGUGGGGGCAGAGGAUGGGCGGAAAUGUUCCCGCUAAUCACCCGUGCCCCCCUCCCUGCCCUGGAAUCUUUUGUGAGAGGUUCGGCAACUGCAGAAACCCGAGAUUCCUCUGGCAUCACAUUGGUUUCUUGCUAGCCCUAAUGAUGUCCUAGGCUUGGCUUGUUCUGCAGCCACUUCGCACCAAAGGUAGCUUAAAUCAGCCGAGAAGAAUUUUGUGUCUGACCAACCCCACCCUCCCAAUAAAAGAGGUCGACUUCACUAGACUUUGGCUCAGACCCUUCGCAAUCAGUUCUUGUCUUGCAACAGCUUGGUUUGGGUCAUUCUGGCGCACAACAGGUACGUCUUCUUGUCAGCAGCAGCCGUCACCCUUUGAAACAUUUCUGCUUCUUCCCGACUUGUGGGGGACUGAUGCUAGGAAGAUGUCAGGUUCUCUUCUCAGUCACAAAGGAAAGGAGGCAGUAAAAAAGAUGUCUCUUACAGCAUUUAUUUGAUUAUGUUCUCCAUUUUUCAAAGCAGUGGAGCACAAAGCCCAAAUGUAUUUUGUGAAGCACUCUGGAAUCUGCUCGGUCUUAAGCAUGCACUUAAAAACUUCAGCAAACAAGGAUGGCUUUAUGUCUGUGAUUACUCUGAAGCAUGUGUUCUGCUGAAUCACGUGGCAGCAGAGAUAUAUACAAUUAAGGUGGCACAAAUGUCUUUACCAGAAAGCCAUGUUUUCAGUUGCAUUUCUUUAAAAGACAUUGGAGAGAAAGUAAAUAAAAUCUUAGGACCUGAUUCAAAAACCACGUGCAUCCAGUUUAGAGUUAGCUGUCUUGAUUUUCCUCAACCUUAGAAAUAACAUUCACUUUUUGCCAGAAAUCUCUGACACAGCAGAACAUGAAGUCAUGUUCCUAUUUUGAACAUUAGGAGAUCAGACAUCUGUUUCCUUGGGUUUUUUUCAGAUAAAGACAUGAAAAGCAACACUGACAAAAUGUAUUAGCAUAGGAUAAUCUCACUGUCCCUAUUAGUUGUGCACUUUACACAGAGCUGGUAAAAAAACCCACAACAUAAAACCAAAAUAACGCUAAGGUAACAUUCUCAUUGAGGACUGUUUGCACUGUCUAGAGGCAAUAGAAGGUCUUCUCCACCAACUGCAGGAAUUCAUUGGACAAUUUGUUGUCAUUGUAUAAAAUCUUUGCCACUUGCUUUUUUGAGUCAAUUAAGCACUGUUAAGAGUCUGAAUAAAAUUUUUAGCUAAAAGCUGAUAUGUAUAUUAAUAAAAUACAGUUGGUAUGGAGUUAACCAAUCUAUACCUGACAACUGUACAAUACCGUUAAUGCUCCAAUCAAUGUCUACUUUUCAGAUAUAACUGUAACAUGAUUUUUUUUUUCAAAUUCAGUAGUCAGCACUAUUGUCUUGCUAGUGCAAAGAACUGAAUAAAUAGCAAAAAACCCCCAAACAGUACAUAGUGUCAUCACAGAAUCACAGAAUGGUUUG